UUUUGGUCACAUCCCAAUCUUCGAUCAAAUAUGAAGGAACUGUUGUUGGUAGCUGCCCUGGUGCUGGGUGCGCAGGCCGGAAACCUGGUGGAGGAACUUCAGAAGCUGAAUGUCUCCACCUUGAUCCAGUUGGCAACAACGGCUGGAUUGGCUGACACCCUCACAAAUGGAGGCCCGUUCACCCUGUUGGCACCCACUGAUGCCGCCUUUGGAAAACUGCCUGAAGCGACCUUGAGCAGUUUGCAGUCAGACAAAGCUGCUCUCACUGAUGUCCUUAAAUACCAUCUCAUCCAGGGAGACAUUUUCAGCUGGGAUUUGCUCAGUGGGGACAGGUUCACCACCCUCAAUGGCCGUCGGGUCAAGGUCACUACCAGUGGCACGACCACCAUGUUUAAUGGUGCUAAAGUUUUGGUUCACGACAACGUGGCGUCCAAUGGUGUGAUCUACCUUAUUGACACUGUGCUCACUGUUCCCGAGGCAUCCAUCUUCCAGGCCAUCAGCAACCGUCCGGAGCUGAGCACGUUCGUUGACGCUCUCACCAGAGCCCGUCUAGACACCUCUCUCAACGCUACCAACAUUAGAUACCCCUACACUGUCUUCGCCCCAACCAACACAGCCUUCUCUAAACUGACUACAGAGCAGCUUAACCACAUCCUGGAAAGCCGCUAUCUUUUGCUAGAGCUUGUUGAUUACCAUAUUCACCUAGGCCAACUGCACAAAGGCAGCCUUACACACAACGGUCGCAUCACUACCCGUUACAGUGGACACUACAUCACAGUUACUAUUACAGACGGAGAGCCUAUUCUGAAUCACGUAGCGCACCUGUCUGAAGCUGAUAUCGAGGCGGAGAAUGGCUUAGUUCACGUGAUCGACCACCUUCUUUUGCCCUCUUCAUUGGCUUCUAUAAUUGGUUAAUUUGAAUUGGAGCUUAUUGGCAAGACAUACCGCCCUCCUCGCUUGUUGGCAUUUUUGCCGGUUUGAAUUAUGCUGUAUUGAACAUGUAUACGUAGGUAUGAUCUAGAAAUAAAAAGAAUUUCGAUUAUUUGAUAUUAUUUUAUU